UAUGGUAUAGUUUUCACGGCUUUUCCUUCUUUCGCUGCUGUAGUCUCCUCUCUUCUUUGAAGUUAAAGCCCCCCUAUAAUACAGAAGAAAACAGCCAUAAGAUUCUACCUUUUUCUUUCAUUACUGAAAAAAGCGAGUCAUUUUGGGAAUUUGACCACACCUCCGAGGCCUUUGACUCAAAAUUAUUUCCAUAUAAUCUUCUCCGUGCUCUGUCCCUACCCGCCGUUCUGUGAUGAGACGAAGCCCCCGAACAACCACACAAACUCACACCGGCACACCUCUGCUCUAAAGCCGAGCGGAGAUUAUUUGGAUCUACAAAGACUAAAAAAGAAUCUGUUUUUUCUGCGAUGGAUAAAGGCUGUCAAUCCUCUGCAGCAUCUUCCCGUGAUUCUUCUGUUACUACAGCCAUAGGCAGCAGCAGUAACGCAAACUUCACCGGCAAUAAUGGCAGAGACCAAUAUAUCCGGCAGCUCAACAAGUUUUCUCACAAGAUUUCCAAGCCCGUCGUUGCUAAAAAGCCGACCUUCGAUUCUCCUCAAAAUCAACAACAAAACCAUAGCUUAAGCCACAAUCCGCCACAACCGCCGCCGCCUCCGCCUCCGCAGCAGCAGCAGAGUUUGCAGCAUCAGCCCCCUGUGUACAACAUCAACAAGAACGAUUUCAGGGACGUGGUUCAGAAGCUCACGGGUUCGCCUGCUCACGAGCGCAUGUCGACACCUCCACCUAUUCAGCAACCUAAACCUCCAAGUUCUCGGCUGCAGCGGAUUCGCCCUCCUCCCCUCGUGCAGAUUAGCAAUCGCCCUCCCCCGUUGCUAAACGGCGCCGCACCCCAUCCUCAACCACCCAUUAUGAACCCUCCCUCGGCAAUCCCCAACAACCCCGUCAACUCGUUUCCCGUCAACAAUUUCUCGGGCUUUGGAAGACCCGUCGCGCCCUUAUCUCCUCUUCCGCCAUUUCCAGCCGUCCAUGCGGCAGCCGAGUCUCCUAUCUCAGCGUACAUGCGCUAUCUGCAGAAUUCGGUGUCCAACAUCGAUUCUAAUUCCAAGCAAUUCUCGGGAUUCUCGCCCUUGGCUCCCCUGGUCUCGCCGCGCUGGAACAAUUUUACUCCGCAACAGCCUCAGCCGGAGCCACGUUCGCAGGCUCAGGAGAUUACUUCUUCGCAAACAACAGCCACGGCACAAUCGCAGUCGCAGUUUCAGAUGCCGGCUUCGCCGGUUCCUUUCGGUUGCUUGAACUCGCCGAGAUCGCCGUACCCUCUGCUUUCCCCCGGUCUUCUGUUUUCGCCAUCGUCGGGUCAAUUAGGAUUUCCCCAGUUCCCCCUUUCGCCUACGGUGCCUCUUCCAAGCCCGAAAUAUAGAGGUCUCUGAACUCGUACUUCUUCAGCUAAGGGUAAGACUGGUCACUGGUUAGAAAAAUAUUGUUGGUUAAGGUUUAGGAUUUGUUUUUGUGGCUCAUGUACAUGGCUUUUAGGCAGAGGGAAUGGAGUUUAUUCAUUUUCUAGUGGUGGGACUGAAAGUGGAACUAGUCAACCAUUGCUUAGUUUAUUCUGUAGAUGGGGCAAGGCAUUCAAAACUCAAAGAACAAUCUUUGUUAUGUUUGUGCUUUUUAGAGAUUUUUGGGGGUUGGGGGGGG